UUGGGAACACAUCAUUCUUCUAGCCUAUUUCAUAAUGUUCACAAUAAGGAAACGUGUGUUUAUAGUACUUUCUUGAUGUCAAUAUUCAAAUUCGACUUUAUAACUACCAUCGAAAAUGGGGUGUGCAUCCGGGAAAGCAUCUGUUGGUGUUAGCAAUACCACUCCUAGGGUGAAAGAAGGAUUUGUUGAAAUUUUUUCUUCCAGCUGUUUUGGUGGUGACUGGGAAAGGAAAUAUCUAGUACUGUAUCAAGACUCCAUCAUUCAGUGGUUCGACGAUCGCUUUGAUGGAAAACCUUUAGGACAGACACGGCUCAAGUCUGUUGCAAGCCAUGUUGGGUUUGGAACUAUGUGUAUGCGCAUUCCAGACAGACCAGAUCUCCCACAAGGGCAAUCCAUUGAAACACUGAUGGCUUUGCCUAGCGACAAACCUGUCAGAGGCAAAAGGAAAAACAAGAAUCUGCUUGUCAUAUGGAUAUUAUUUUCUGGUGAAUCGGAUUUAAAAUAUUGGGUGGAGGCAUUUCAGAAAGUGUUACCUCCCCCUCCUCAGCCAUCUCAUCCUCCUCCUCAACCCGCUGCACCUCAAGGACAGAUGUCUCAGCCACAGAACGGCCAACCACCAGUGCCAUAUGGAUUUAAUCCAGCAGUGUAUCCAAAUGGUGGAGCACCUCCUAACCAUUAUGGUCAGCAACCCUAUGGUGCACAGCCUCAGCAGUAUGCAGGACAACCUACGACAGUGGUUGUAAAUAACACCCAUCAUACACAGACCCAUCACAGUAGUGGUGAUGGUGGAUUCGCGACAGGAUUAGUACUUGGAGGAGCCUUAGGCUAUGGAAUGGCCCGUCCCUAUGGCUGGGGAUACGGAUGGGGAUGGGGUGGUUAUGGCUAUGGGUACCAUGGAUGGGGCUCUGGCAGUUGGGGAAGCUUUGGUUCCCAUGGCUGUGGUGGCCAUGGUGGGGGUGGUUGCAGUGGGGCUGGUUGUGGUGCCGGCUGUGGAGGAGGUUGUGGAGGCGGAGGAUGUCAAGGUGGGGGUGGUGGUGCAUGCGCGGCAGGGGAUGGAGGAGGUUGCCAUGGUGGGGAUGGGGGUGGGGGUGGGGAUGGAGGUGGAUGUGGGGGAGGCUGUGGAG